GAAAUGGCACAAAGCUAUGGAACAGUGGCGAACACUGGACUCGGGGACCAAGGAAAUGACGUCAUGGCUGGAUAAAGCCGAGAACAAACUGUCAACAGCCAGAAAUAGGCUCAGCCCAGCUGAAGCAGAAAAUCUCUACAAGGAGCUGGAAGUGAGUCUUCGACAACACCAGAGCAAUGUGACUAGGAUGAACUCGGCUGGAGAUGAAAUCCUCCACAAUGCCUCUGCCAUCAGCGCAGAAAACCUUCGGGACAAGCUGGACCUCAUCAACCAGCGGUGGAAGGUUUUGUGCUCAGAAGUUCUGGCUCGCCAGAGAAGAACCAAGGAACACAGCGUGGAACCAACAGAGUUCACGUACGAGAUGGAUGACCUCUUCUCCUGGAUUGAUGAGACGGAGAACAUUAUUGGGUCCAGUCUCCAUCCAAACACUUUGUACCUGGAAGCCUUGCUUGAGAAAGUCAAGGACAGGGAAGAUGAAAUUGCUCAUAGACAGGCAAGUCUGUUCAACAUCAACAGUAGUGGAGCUAAGUUGAUGCAGUCGCCUAAACUGACUGAUGAUGACCGCAAAAAUAUUCAGAGGGACAUUGACAACCUCAACGCUGGCUGGAAAAAGGUCACUGUGGAAGUUCCAGACAAAAUUCGCCAGAUAGAGGAGGAGAUUAAAAAAGUUCGAAACUUGAAUGAUGAUGUUAACAACAUGCUAAAGUGGAUUUUGGAUACACGGAUUAUUCUGGAAAAACAGAAAGGAGCAGAGAAAUAUCCCACUCCGCCAACAACAGAUAACAGUGAUGUCACUGUGCACUUGGAGGCUAUUGAAAACCAACAGGCUAAAGUCAAUCAGAUCAAUACAAUCUAUCAGAAACUGCUGGAGGCAAGCAAAGAUCAGGACCAGGCCACCCCAGACAGCCUGCAGGUGAAAAUUGCCAAGAUGAACACAGAUUUUGAACAGCUGAAAGAGAUUGCCAAGAGUCUUGAUAGCAAGACAGAGUCUGCUGUAACAGAAGUUAUGGAUCAAGUUAAGCAAGUUCAGGUCCACAUGGAAGCCAAGUCACUGGCCGCACCAGCUGCAGGCUCUUCUUGGAUGGAGUUUGACAGAUCAGUCAGUGAGCUUCGUGAUUGGCUGACUUUGCUGGAACACAUGCUGAGGUCGCAGAAAGUGACUGUUGGAGAUAUCAAGGACAUUGAACACAUGAUUCAGAAGCAAAAGCGUGAGUCAGAUUCAGUGAUCACAUCGCCAACUGACUCACAACUCUUCGACUCACGUCAGCUAACCAACUCUCAGCUCUCAGAUAUCGACUCUCCCUUACCCACAGAAGAAGAUUCCUUGCUAUCUCUCUCAGAGCAUGAUCUAUGCACCUUGCAGGCUCAAGUAGCAGACAUUAGCAGCUACCUCAGACUUCUUGAGACACACCUGAGUGACAUGGACAGUAAAAGAUCACAGCUGGACCAUGUGCUGUCUACAUCGACAAAACUUCAGAACACAAUAGACAACAUGGCAGAAAGACAAGCUCUUUGGGAAAGAACGGAGAAACUCAAGGUCGACUGGGAGCAGACAGUGAGUCAUGUUAACCAGCGUAAGUCAGAACUGGACAAGAUGCUGGAAGAAUGCAGAGCUUUUGACCAGUUGUAUGCUCAGUUUGAACAGUGGUUGUCUCAGACAGAAAGUGAGCUGGAUUCCCUGGAGAGUCAGCGGGAGGACAGUGACGUCAUUACCAAACAUGAGAAACUGCAAGAAGAUGUGAACAAACACAAAGAAGUGGUGGACAGUCUGAAGUGGAAGGCUGAAAUGAUGAUUGAAGACCACUCCAGUGAUGACACUCAGCAGAUGAGGAAACAGCUAGAGAGGCUCACCAAUAGAUGGUCAAUCUUGCUCAACAGACUCGCUGGUCAUUGGAAGGCAUUACAGACCACCAGAGACAGUGGGCUGCAGUUUGAGCCCACACUUCAGGACUUCAUGACCUGGUUAGAGGGUGCAGAGGCAUCAUUCAAGUCACUGGCUGACCAGACUGCCUCUCAAGAUCUCCAGAACAAUCAAGAGCUGGCAGAGGAGUUUUUGGAGCAGUACCAG